UUAAACAUUGAAGCUCCGCGUUCCAGUCGGACACAUUUACUGAACGGAACAAACACUAGCGGAUCAAAUGUUAAACAUUUUAUUUAUUUUUUCUAACGCUACAGUUUGAUUAAUUACACAAAUGGCCGAUGAUGAGGAUGAUUAUAUGUCGGAUGCCUUUCUGAACCAAAUCACAGAUGUUCGACCUGGCGUACCGAUGCCGAAACGUGUGAAGGAAGCCAUAAAGAAAGAAACAUUACAUAAAGAGAAAAAUGUUACAAACCGACAGAAGAGCUUCAAGGAAAAGGAGCAGGAGAGUCGAGAAGCAGCGCUGCAGAGCUCCAUUAGCAGUCAAAACAAAGGCUUUGCUUUACUGCAGAAGAUGGGUUAUAAAGCAGGACAAGGACUCGGCAAAGGAGGUGCUGGACGAGUUGAGCCGGUUCCUCUGAACAUCAAAACAGACAGAGGUGGAAUUGGGAUGGAAGAACUCAAGAAAAGGAAAGCCGAGGAGGAACUUCAAAAUUACAGAAAGAAGAUCCAAAUGAAGCAGCAAGUGGAGAAGGAAUCUUUAGAGGAUUUUAGAGUUCGUAAGAGAACAGAAAUGGAAGAGCGUAAAACGCUGAUAGACCUGAGGAAGAGCCAACGGGCCUGUGAACAGCUUGACAGUCAGAAGGGCAUAACUGUUCCUAGAGACAGCUGGUACUGGCCUGAAGUCAUCAAAGAUGAAGAGGCGGAGCUUCAGGAGGAGGAAGAUAAACCCGAGGACAGUGAGGAUGAAGAGGAAUUGAUGCCUUUAGACAAGCUGCAGUUUCUCACGUCGUAUUUGCGAGGAUUUCAUUCUUACUGCAUAUGGUGUGGGACAGAAUAUAAUGAUGAAGAGGACCUGAAGUCAAACUGUCCAGGUGACACAGCAGCUGAUCAUGAGGACUAAAGCAACCAAGAUCUAAAACUUAUUUUUACUGAUCACUUAUUUGCUUAUUUUUGUUUAUUAAUAAUGUUUUUAUUUAUGUGUCAAGUGUUGUUUCAAAUAAGUAAAGAUAUUUUGAUUAAAAUUAUCUGUUAAGGUU